UACGAGUGAAUGGCCAUUUUUCGCGCCAUCUCGUAUAUCUCACAUUCAAGACGGGAUGGACUCUCCACGAAUUUCGACGAGAAAUCGAUGUUAUGAGUGGUUCCAUAGCCUUAACAGCCAUGCGAAACGUCAAAUUACGCUUUGGAAUCUGCUUAUCAGGGCCCAGAAAGCAACAUUCAGGCUAAGCCAGAACGGGAUCCUUAUCAGUUGCUGCCCAGAAUCAUUCCACCACCAUCCGUCAAUACUCGAGUCCCAGCACUCGGCCGAAUCAGCAAUCAUACCUAUUAAAGACUUAUAUCGAGCUUCUCCCAACAGCAUCGACUUUGAUCCAUCUUUGUGGAAUCUGGAGAGACGAGGGAUCAGCUGCUAUAUCAAACCCAGGCAUUAUGGUCUCCGCAGGUCCUCCACUGAGUCAGGGCACUGGCUAUGGAGUCAUCAUUGGCCUUGGCUUCGCUUUUGCGUUUGGCAUGAUAUUGACGACAUUCGUCUUAAAGAGAUACAACUAUGAGGUACAGACAAGUGAGAUGUUUAGCACAGCUGGACGAACUGUGAAGUCCGGCCUUGUCGCGUCCGCCGUGGUGUCUUCUUGGACGUGGGCUGCUACAUUGCUCCAGUCAUCUGGUGUGGCAUACAAUUACGGUGUGUCUGGUCCGUUCUGGUAUGCCUCAGGAGCGACUGUUCAGAUCAUCUUAUUUGCUACACUCGCAAUCGAACUGAAACGUCGAGCGCCUAAUGCCCAUACGUUUCUCGAAGUCAUCAGAGCUCGAUAUGGAGCUAUCACACACACUGUAUUCAUGGUAUUUGGAUUGAUGACCAAUAUCUUGGUCACUGCGAUGCUUCUCACAGGAGGUUCCGCAGUGGUUACAUCUUUGACAGGUGUUCCAACUGCUGCUGCCUGCUUCUUGCUGCCAGUCGGUGUUGUACUUUACACCAUGUUCGGUGGAAUAAAGGCCACUUUUUUGACCGACUAUGCUCAUACUGUGGUCAUUCUGAUCAUAAUUCUGACAUUCGCCUUUACGACCUACGCCACCUCUGAUGUUUUGGGUUCUCCCAGCAAAGUAUACGAUCUUCUCCAGCAAGCAGCAGCUCGCCAUCCAGUAGAGGGAAAUGCCGAGGGAAGUUAUCUCACCAUGCGCUCUAAAGAAGGUGCCAUCUUCUUUGUCAUCAACAUCGUCGGCAACUUCGGCACGGUCUUCUGCGACAACGGAUACUACAAUAAAGCCAUUGCUGCUUCCCCAGUUCACGCUCUUCCGGGAUACAUCAUGGGUGGCCUCUCCUGGUUCGCUAUCCCCUGGCUCUGCGCCACGACAAUGGGACUCGCGGCUCUCGCUCUCGAAAACAACCCGGUCUUCCCGACCUACCCGGACCGCAUGCCACACGCUGACGUCUCAGCCGGUCUUGUCCUGCCCAACGCAGCUGUCGCUCUCCUAGGUAAAGGUGGCGCCGCAGGUACCCUCCUCCUCAUCUUUAUGGCUGUCACCUCCGCCAUGUCUGCCGAGCUGAUUGCCGUCUCGUCAAUCUUCACGUAUGAUUUCUACCAGACAUACAUUAACCCGAAAGCAACUGGUAAGCAACUGAUCUACAUGUCGCACUCGUGCGUUGUCGGCUUCGCUAUUGUGAUGGCAAGUUUCAGUACUGCGCUGUACUAUAUCGGUAUUUCAAUGGGCUAUCUAUAUCUCCUCAUGGGAGUCAUUAUCAGCUCCGCAGUUCUCCCCGCCUCUCUUACCCUGCUCUGGUCGCGCCAGAACUGGUACGCCGCGACGCUAUCGCCGCCUCUCGGCCUCGUGUGCAGCCUGAUCGCGUGGCUCGUGACAGCGAAGAAGGAGGGCGGUGUUCUCACCGUCGAUACCACAGGCGCUAAUAACCCGAUGCUGGCCGGCAAUGUCGUCGCCCUGUUGUCUCCUAUGAUCUUCAUCCCAGUCCUGACGUAUGCGCUCGGAAAGGACAGUUACGAUUGGCUCAGCAUGCGCGCAAUCCGCAAGGGCGACGACACUGACCUUGCCGCCGCGGCAAACGUGGAUCUCGAACUUGUACCCGGCGAGUCGCACCGCGACGACGACGAUGCAGUUGAGCAAGCCAAGCUUAAGAAGAGCUCUCGCAUCGCACGCAUCAUGACCGUAACAAUGACACUCGCACUCCUCAUACUAUGGCCGAUGCCGAUGUACGGGUCUGGGUAUGUUUUCAGCAAGAAAUUCUUCACCGGCUGGGUUGUUGUUGGGAUACUGUGGAUCUUCUGUAGCUCGUUCGCAGUGGGCCUGUACCCAUUGUGGGAGGGAAGACAUACUAUGGCACGUACAUUCAAGGCGAUUGUGAAAGAUUUGAAGGGCCAAGGACCUCCCAGAAGGACUAGUUUGGUCGGACAGGCGGAGGAGAGUAGUGGGGAUGUGACGCCAACGGAGACUGAGACUGAGAAGAUUGUGGCAAAGGUUGGAUGAGCAUAAGUACAAUGGGGUAGGAAAUUUAAUUUAUGGAGAUAAUCCGAUGUAAGACUGACGAAGCCGAGGUUGUCACAACCACAAAGCGUCCCUGCAUUACUUCCGCAUAUUUUAUCCUCAUUACAAGACAUUCCACCA